AUGAGCCUAACCCCGGUGCCCCGGUCUCCGCGGCCCGGCUUAGCUGCUCCCCACACAGGCACGCCGACGGUAUCUCCUGUAGUGGAGCUGAAUGUGGGGGGCGAGUUCUUCACCACCACCAUGGGCACCCUGAGAAAACUCCCUGGCUCAAAGCUGGCAGAGAUGUUCUCCAGCUCAGCCAAGGCCUGCAUGGAUUCAGAGGGCCGCUUCUUCAUCGAUCGCCCAGGCACCUAUUUUGGACCUAUCCUCGACUUUCUCCGCAGUGGGCAGCUGCCCACUCAGCACAUCCCAGAGGUGUACCGGGAAGCACAGUUCUACGAAAUCAAGCCUUUGGUCAAGCUCCUCGAGGAUACUCCGAAGAUCUUUGGAGAGCAGGUGGCUCGAAAGCAGUUUUUGCUGCGGGUUCCUGGCUAUAGUGAGAACCUGGAGCUCAUGGUGCGAUUAGCACGCGCUGAAGCCAUGGCGGCGCGCAGCUCCAGCGUGCUGGUGUGCGCAGUGCGCAAGGAAGAGGAUACUGUACAUUGUGCUGACACCCUGCGCACCCUGGAGGCAAACAAGACGUCAGUUGUCAAGUUUGGGCCCUGGAAGGCGGCCCCGGAAAUCAGGGACCUCCUGGAUUGUGUGAAGAUGGACAUUGAGGCCCAGGGCUACCAGGUAUCCUAUGAGUGCUACUCAUACCGGGGCAAGGCGGCCAGUUACUUCUAUACAUUCCUCUUCACCUGGUGGUGA